AAUUUAUCUAUUAAAGUCAUAAGUAAAAUGGAAAGUUUUGAACCGUAAAAAUCAUCGAAGACUCCAAAGAAGAACGGCUGGCAGCAGAAUCCAAGAAAACGCUAAUUAUAUAUACAUAUUUUAAAAUUUUUGUUACCGCUGAUCUGCUCUUAAUUCAUCAGUCAACCCCCAUCCUCGUAUCUCAGAAACCUAGUUAAGGUAUUUUCUCCCCUUUUCCUCGUUGUUCCUUUGAUCUGAUUCCAGUGCUAAGGCUUUUCGAGGAAAAGUUCUUCAUGGUAAGCAAAAGUCUUGAUCCAAGACUCAACUAAAACAUCAUGAAUUAUCUAGUUGGAGCUUUCAAGCCACCGUGUAAUAUUUUCAUUUCAUUCACUGAUGGAAGAAGCCGCAAGCAGGUUCCGCUAAAGAAGGAAAAUGGGAAAACAGUUAUGGUUGCUCUCUUCCAGAGCCAAGAAAAUAUUGUAGGAGAGGUUGUUAUAGAACCAAUACAUGGGAAGAAGGUUGAACAUAAUGGUGUUAAAAUUGAGCUCCUUGGUCAGAUAGAAUUGUAUUUUGACAGAGGCAACUUCUAUGAUUUCACAUCUCUUGUACGUGAACUUGAUGUUCCUGGUGAAUUAUAUGAAAGAAAAACAUAUCCAUUUGAAUUCUCUACAGUGGAGAUGCCAUAUGAAUCAUAUAACGGAGUGAAUGUUAGACUUAGGUAUAUACUGAAAGUGACAAUCAGUAGAAACUAUGUCAGCAACAUUGUGGAGUACCAAGAUUUUGUGGUCCGCAAUUAUACUCCUCCUCCAUCAAUCAAUAACAGUAUUAAGAUGGAAGUUGGGAUUGAGGAUUGUCUACACAUCGAAUUUGAAUACAGUAAAAGCAAGUAUCAUUUGAAGGAUGUCAUUAUUGGCAAGAUAUAUUUUCUUCUUGUUAGAAUUAAGCUAAAAAACAUGGAGCUUGAAAUCAGGCGUCGAGAAUCAACUGGAUCAGGGCCAAAUACAUAUGUUGAGACAGAAACCCUUGCUAAAUUCGAGUUGAUGGAUGGUGCUCCUGUAAGAGGAGAAUCGAUCCCAAUCAGAUUAUUCUUAAGUCCGUAUGAACUGACACCAACAUAUCGCAACAUCAAUAACAAAUUCAGCGUGAAAUACUAUUUGAAUCUUGUGCUAGUGGACGAAGAGGAUCGGCGGUACUUCAAACAGCAAGAAAUCACUAUGUACCGGAAUCUUGAAGCAUCAUAAUUCUUCUUUCAAAUCUAGAUAUGUUCAGACAUGAAUGUGGGAAAGAACUCAAGAAGAUCAGAGUAGUUUAUGGGAACAUUUUAUGGAACUCUUUCUGGUGUUCUUCGAGCUUGUCAGUGAAGUUCUUGGGCUGUUUUGUACAAAUAGCUACACUGGUUUCAGGUGAUGGCACGGUACUCGUAUCUCAGUCUUGUUUAUCCGUUGUGUAUUUUCCGAUCAAUGAACCAAACAACAGAAAAGAAUAAAAAAUCCAGGUUCCAUUGUUGGCUGUAGGCAUGUUCAGUUGUACUGAAAGUUGGCUUGCAUGGAGCCUUUUUCAUUUUUCAUUUUGUCAGUUCUUCAAUCUCUAUUUAUGGUGAAUAGAAAUUUUUGUUCUCCUGUUUUGUGCAUCA